AUGAUGGCUGACAUUAAAGGAGAGAAUUCAUCUGACACGUCUAAUCUUAUUCAUAAUACCGGGAAUGCAACCCCCCAGCCCAACAACCCGCUGUCGAGGAAACUUAAUAAGAUCCUGGAAACAAGACUGGACAAUGACAAGGAGAUGCUUGAAGCCCUUAAAGCACUGUCUGUGUUUUUCACGGAGAACAGUCUUCGGACACGGAGAAACCUUCGUGGUGACAUCGAGAGGCGCAGUCUGUCCAUCAAUGAAGAGUUCGUGCGAAUAUUUAAAGACGUAAAAGAGGAACUGGAGAGUGUGCAUGAGGAUGUACAGGCAAUGAGCUCAUGUUGUGAGGAAAUGACAAACAGGCUGAAGGCAGCCAAGGAGCAAACGCAGGAUUUGAUUGUGAAAACCAACAAGCUGCAGGGAGAGAAUCACCGGCUGGAGGUUCGAGCACAGGUGGCCCAGGCGUUCCUCUCCAAGUUCCAGCUCUCCAGCGAGGAGAUGGCUACUCUGCGAGGAUCUCGCGACGCCCCUAUUACUGAGGACUUCUUCAAGGCGCUGGGUCGAGUGAAGCACAUCCAUGAAGAUGUGAAGAUUCUGCUGAGGACCAACCAGCAGACAGCAGGGCUAGAGAUCAUGGAGCAGAUGGCAGUUCUGCAGGAGGCGUCCUACGAGCAGCUGUACCGCUGGGCUCAGAACGAGUGUCGAGGGCUGACCCAAGAGACAUGUGACAUCUCCCCUGUGCUUAGCCAGGCCAUGGAGGCUCUACAAGAUCGCCCCGUGCUUUACAAAUACACUCUGGACGAGUUUGGGACGGCUCGGAGGUGCGCCGUGGUGCGAGGAUUCAUCGACGCCCUAACCCGCGGGGGCCCUGGGGGCACUCCACGCCCAAUAGAGAUGCACUCUCAUGACCCACUGAGGUACGUUGGCGACAUGCUGGCCUGGCUCCACCAAGCCACCGCCUCAGAGAAGGAGCACUUGGAAGCUCUGCUGAAGCAAGUCAACAUGCAAGGAGUGGAGGAGAAUAUGCAAGAAGUUGUGGGGCACAUCACUGAAGGGGUUUGCAGACCUCUCAAGGUACGCAUCGAGCAGGUGAUCGUGGCUGAGCCGGGGGCUGUCCUGCUCUACAAGCUCUCCAACCUCCUGAAGUUUUACCACCACACCAUAAGUGCAAUCAUAGGCACCAGUGUGGCAUCCCUGCUCCUUACCAUUGAGGAGAUGCAUGUCCUCAGCAAGAAGAUGUUCUUCAAUAGCCUCAGUCUCCACGCUAGCAAGCUCAUGGACAAGGUGGAGCUGCCCCCCCCUGACCUGGGCCCCACUGGCUCCCUCACGCAGACGCUGUCCCUGCUGAGGGAGGUGCUGGCCUCGCACGACUCCUCUGUGGUCCCCCUGGACGCUCGCCAGGCAGACUUUGCCCAGGUUUUGUCCUGCAUCCUGGACCCCCUCCUACAGCUAUGCACCGUGUCGGCCAGUAACCUGGGCACGGCCGACAUGGCCACAUACAUGGUCAACUCGCUCUACAUGAUGAAGACCACGCUGGCGCUCUUCGAGUUCACCGACAAGCGGCUGGAAAUGCUGGAAUUCCAGAUUGAGGCUCACCUGGACACUCUGAUCAACGAACAGGCCUCCUUCGUCCUGACCCGGGCCGGACUGAGCUACAUCUACAGCUGUGUGCAGCAGCACACAGCCCAGCAGGGACCUCUCUCUAACGUGCCCAGUAUGGACAGCUCAUCACUGAAAGCUGCCAUGGUUCAGUUUGAUCGGUACCUGUCCUCUCCAGACACCCUCCUGAUGCCACAGCUCAACUUCCUGCUCAGUGCAGCCAUCAAGGAGCAGAUCUUCCGGCAGUCCACGGAGCUGGUGUGCCGUGUCUACGGGGAGGUGUACGCGGCCGUGACCAACCCCGCCAAUGGGUACAAAGACCCAGAGAGCGUGCUGCACAGGUCCCCCCAGCAGGUGCAGACCCUGCUGUCCUGAGAGGAGGCCGCCGGUGCGGUCUGAAGGGCCGUGACACGGACACUGCGACGCUGCGCUCCCUCUCAGAGGGCCGGGGCUGAAGGCUUAAUCAUACAUCCUGGGGUGAGAAUCGGGCUCUGGAACGCUGUUGGUGCUGGGAUAUUUGAUGUGACUCUGAGGCUUCAGUGGGUUUUUCCUCCGAAACAAACUGACGGAGAAAGAAGCCGCACUGGGCUGGAGCUGAGACACUCUGGGAGUGUGUUUUGGACAUUCUAUGAUCACACUGUGUCUGUCCUCUGUACUGUCUCUGUCAUCUGAGCACACUGUCUCUGUUGUCUAUACUGUCUCUGUCCUCUGAGUGUGCUGUCUUGGCACUGGAGACGGUGGGAGGAAAGAGGACACCUUUUAUUUAUUUUUUUAAAUCAAUGAGCAGAAAGAUUCAGACAGUCCCAAUAACAACCAUGCAGACACUGCAGAGACACUUUAGGUUCUGCAGGCUCAUGCACGCAUGCAAACACACACACACACACACACACACACACACACGUACACACACACACCCUUCUGACUCUGCUCCAGUCUUUAAUCAGGAACAGAUCUGCGUUUCUUCUCAUUAAAUCUUUUUUUCCCCCUAAACU